GGCUCAAGUGUGUUCAGGUAGUUCAGGACAGAGAACCUGGACAAGGAGUUGUGUAACACGACCUGAUUUUCUUGAAGUUGUAACACAGAUGUGCAUGACCUCUGUCUGUGAAGUUCAGUUGGACCUCAAAUGCUACCCUGAUCUUACUGGCUGUGCUGGGGUGACUGGGAAGGAAAGAGGAUAUGAUCAGAGCUGUGGAGGAUGAUAUAGUCCAAGAGAAACAGGCUGCCCAAAACAUAAUUCAGAAGAUGUCAGCUGAUAAACAGGCCAAGUACACUGAGAUGAAAGCCACCAAUGAAGAGCUAGGGUUUGAGCUGGAUUCCCUUCAAGAGGAACUAGACGCUCUGAUGAGUAGGAAGGAGACGUUUGAGGUGGAUCUGGUUCACUCUCAGGCUAAACAGGAAGCAGUCAUGCUACAUGAGAAACUACUGGAGCUGGAGAAACGUAGAGACGCCAUGCUGGCGGAAGACGGGAACAUGGGUUCUCCACAAGAGGAGCGAGAACACCUCUUUAAACAGGUGAAAGAAAACAACCAGGAAAUAGCCAGCAUGGAACGACAGCUCUCCGAGAUAGGUGAGAAAAUUAGCCAUCUCACUGAAGAGAUUCGACAACUAGAUGCUGACAUGGAGGAACAUCAAGCAUAUCUGAACUCAUUUGAGGAGAAUAAAUCUCAGGAGCAGCAGCUGAUCAGAGAUGCACAGAGCAGCAUCAAGGCGUUAAUGGAGCACUCCAGCAAGAACAUCAAUCAUCUGCAGCAGCUGUCAGCAGUCACCACUCAAGAGCUCAGGUCCGUGCAGGAGGAUCUGAGCUUCAAAGAGACGGAGAUGCAGAAGUCUCAAAGCACAGCGAAAGGUCUUUCCUCAGAAAGUGAACGUCUACAGCUGGAUCUGCUGAAAGUGGAGCAGCUGGAAGGCAAAGUGAGCGCAGAGCUGCAAACUCUGAGAGAUCAGCUCAAGCUCAUGACGCAAGAGAUCCACACAUACAGAGAUCUGGACGCUCUCAACGCUGCCGGAGAAGACCACAAGAAGAGACUGCAGGAGGAUCGAGUAACACUCACUCAGAGGAAGGACACAUUUAAGAAGAUGAUACACAAAAUCAACGAGGAGUACGAGUCUCUUAAGUACCAUUUACAAGAGAACGAGACCCAUGUGGAGCUGACCAACAUGGAGAAGAAGUGGCAACAUCUUGUGCAGAACAACUUUGUGAUGAAAGAAUUCAUCGCCUCCAACGGUGUAGAAAGCGAUUACGGCCCAGUGAUGAAGAACGUCAACAAACAACUGCUAGAGUACAAUAAGAUACUGGUUGAUACCCUGCAGAGAAACUGAGGAGGGGGAGCACUUCCUGUCUGCAGCUGCUCGCAAACUCACUUCCUGUUCAAGAUGAGCCCUGAACAGCAUUCUAAAGAUGACUUUGAGUGAUUGUAUUCUAGAA